ACUAACGGGGAGCACCGAAGGUAGAGGGCUGGGCAGAAACCCGUCUGGCUUGCUUGCUGCCAUUCAGGCCUGGUGACUUUAGGAAGGUCACCCACUUCUGUGGGUCGCAGGGCCCCUUCUGACAAGUGUGUGUACAACAGGCACAGAUGCACGGGGCAGAACUUGUGUACGAGUAGCACAAAGAAUAGAGAGGAACACCAGAGAUUGGGGGUGUAUGCGUGUGUGCGAGUGGGUGCACGUGAGAGGACCAGAGGAAGACGGGAAAUGGGGUUCUCCAGGUGUGCCCUAAGGGGGGUGGAUGUCAGGUACGGGAGCCCCUGUGUGGGCUCCUGGGCAGGCCUCCUGAACUCCUGACCACGGCCUCCUCCUGCCAGGAAUGCGCCCUCGGUCAGCCUGACCCUCACCCGGCCACAGGCCAAAUGGACUCCCAUUGACCUCUGACCUCUGUCACCUCCCCCAGGCUAGGACAGGAGAGAGGCCCCUGUAGAAGGUGGAGGAUGGGAAAGGCAGUAAAAGGGGUGGCAGGGUGGAGGGGGCGUUUAGCGCUGGGCCAGUUCCCUUCUCUAGGCUAGUCUGGGUUGGGCUGGGUGCUCUUGGGGGUGUUGGGGCUCUAUGUCCACAUCCCCAGCACCCCGCCUGGCCUAGGUGAGGGUGCUUGCUGCCACUCCUUAGCUGUGUGUGUCCACCUCAGCUUUCUCCUCUGCGGAACGGUAGGACGGCAUCAAAGUCAGCCUCCUCGAAGCCGCCUGGAAGCAGGGGCCUUGCACAAAAGGGAUUUUCAGACUGUAAAAGAGAAAACUGGGAGGAUUCCGCUCAGAAGGGGGUGGGACGGCCGGGAUUGGCGGGGGCCCUGUGGGUCAGGGCAGUGGGAAGGGCCGGGGAGCCUCUGGGGGGGCCAGGCUGGCGGUGGAAUUUGCUCAGAACUCUCAGCAUGCACAGGCCUGCCAGGCAGGGCACUGACUCCCCACUUCGGUGCAGGGCCCCUCCCCCACCAGCACACCCCUCCCCCAACACACGUGCUGCCAAACCCUCCAUUAGUCACCCUGGCACUGACAUACAUAAAUCCCAUUAGUCACACCCGCACAAACUCGCCUGCAGAACACACCCAGGCACACCCAGACAAAGAAGUUGGCCCCCAAAGAGGCCUUGUUUGUCUUUCGCGCCUCUUCCCCAGUGCCUAGAACAGUGCAGGCGUUCAAUGAACACACGGUCAGCCUCCCCCAAAGCAGCCAUCUCCCAAAAUAACAGCCCCCACAACUGGGGAUUGACGGCCCCCCAAUAAGCAGAGACCCCCUCCAGACACUCCAAACCUCCCGUCUUCUCUGGGCACACAAGUACCAGAACCAACGCCCAGGAACGCCCUUGGCCAGCCCCUCCUCUGCCUCCCUCUGGAGGGGGCACAGCUGGCAUCCUGGCCCCCUCCCCGUGCCUGUCCUCCAACGGGUCUAGUAGGAAAACCAUUCUCCAAGGUCAGUGAAGUGCUUCAGCAGGCGGCCCUGGAGCUGAUUUAUUGGCGGUUUACUUGGAGAAAUGCUAUCGCUUAGAUUGGGGGGGUGCGGGGGGAACACGCGCGGUGGACUUUAACCUUGGCCUGAAACCGCAGGCCUUUGUUUUUGGAGGGCUUCCUGGGGCGCCGCAGUGGGGCUGGGCCGGUGGGGGAGGCACAGCUGGAAUGUAGUUCUGCCGCCUUUCAAUUCCCAGGCUGCACUACCGCUGCCUGCAGGGCGAGCGCUCAAAAUCUGGGGGGCUGGCUGGAAGGCCUCUGUCCCUCUGAAUGUGCUUCUACAAAUUCUAAGAAGGAGCCAAAGCUCCCAGAGUGAGCUUCAUAUUUUGGAGCGAGGUUCCAAACCCUCCGCCUCCCCACCCGUGUCACUGGCACAGUGAGGUCUUAAGGAGGCACCCAGGAGUGGGAGACUGCCUCCCUCUUCCGAGGCUAUUCCCACCCGAAGUCUUGAGCAAAGACUUGAGAGGUGGUGGUCCCCGAUCACUGCGUAUGGCCUGCUUGGCUGACGCAGGACACCAGUGCCCAGGCCCGUUCCCCAGCCUCUCUGGCAAAGACAGUACUGGUGACAUUAAGCUUUAUUAUUGCAAAUACACCCUCUCUGGGCACCCGUAGACUGUUCAGGUAGAAAGCGCUGCCACACCUACCAGGGUGCCAACAACGCGCCCCAAUGAUUCCUGCUUUCCCAGUGGUUCGGCUAUUUGCACCAAAGCCGGCAGCGCCACGAGGGCAGGGAGCCAGGGCCCGGCUGUGCAAAGCCCAGGGUAUUUCCGUCAUGGAGGGGAAGAUGGGCUGGCACAGGGUGGGGAACAAGAUGAGCAUCCUCGCUUCAAGCGUGGCACCUGCAAACACCCUGCUUGGUCCUCGCCUGGAAAAAUAAAAAGCCUCCUCCUCGCCUCCUGCGCGUAGAGGACUCCAAGGACGGAAUGAUGGCGUGGGAUGAAAGCAGGGUAUGCAGAGACGGGUGGCAGGCGGAGUUCUGAGAAGACGCUCUGACCCUGACCCCGGCGUCGCCCCUCGAUGGUGCAGGUGGUGCGGGAGUUGGGCUCAAGCGGGUGUCUGUGCCCCUACCCCAGCCUCACCGAGCAUUCCUAGGAGUAAGUGCCAGCCCAGCACCCUGACCCCAGGCGGCGAUCCGGUGAGGCCCAGGCCGCCUCUGGGUCUGGCGACCCCGAGGAUGGAUGUGGUGGCACCACCGACUAGGCGAGGCUGUUUCCUCUCUUCUGCGAAAGGGGAAGCGCCUGGCUUGAUUCCCCGUGCAGUCUCGGGGCCUCAGGCCGUGACCGGGAGAUCAGGGCGCACGGCACGGCCCGGGACGGGAGGCCGGCUGGGAGUCCACGCGAGGGAGCAACGGGAAGGAGGACCCAUACGGAGAUUUACGGCCGCAGCCGGCCCCCUGCGCACUGAGCGCAUCUCGGUCCUCUCCCAGCCAAAUAGUGGAGUGGAAGACCCAACCCGGGGGGGAAGAAGCCAGGGCCGGAGGCGGGGCUGAGAGGCGCAGGGAUCCGCUGGGACUGGGCCUGGAGCUCCAGCCCCAGCUCUGUCGGCCGUGCGCCCUGGUGCCAGCGGCGUGCGGGGCUCUAGCGCCGCGUCCCUGGUUUUCCUGGCGGGUCGGGGCCGCUCUGGCUGGGCUAGUGGAACCUCGGCUCCACGCCAAAUCGUGGCCGGCCCAGUCGCAGCACGGGAAUGGGCAAGUGCGGCUUUCCUGGGCUCGACCUCUCCGGGUUUUGGCGGCGCCCGAGUCGGGAGCUCCCUGGUUGCCGGACUUGGGACCUGGAUGUUGGCGCUGAAAAGACGGUGGCCAGAGCGCCCCGAGCGGGCAGCAGAGGCCGGCGAACGCCGGGUCCCUUCACGGAGAGCCUGGUGGAGCGCGGAUUCUUAGGUCUCCGCCGGGAAAAGCGGUUCCGGGCCACGGGUGGAGGUGGCUCGGGUGUCCUCGCCUGGGAAAGGAUGCAUUUUUUUUUUCCCCCUGGGGAAGGAGUAAGGGAAGAACGUGCCCACGAAGCCAGGAACCCUAGGGUUGCGGGAAGCGCCGGGUCUGGCCCUGAACAGGGGGGCUAAGCCAGCUGGACAAAGGCGCGGCCGGCUAGAGCCGGGCUCAAGGUUGUCCUGUCCUUUGGUUUUAAAACAAAGAGCAAGAAUUUUGUCAGUUGGGCUGCCUGGGAACAUACAAAAGGCCUCGGCUGUGGACAACGGCGCUGGCCUGAGCAGAUUCUCCAGAACCGCGAUUUGGGGUUGCAAUGUCCUCCCUCCAGCCGAUUUUCCGCCCAGUCAGUACAAAACGCACACAUACACUGCGUCAACACUCCUUUUGGCCUCGGCUCCCGCCGGGGAGACGAAGUAUGCGGGGGGAGGGGACGGAAGAUGGCGGCCGGACUGCGGGCGGCGCGGCUGUCACCCGCUCUUCGCUGGGCGCCGAGGCCUGGUAGUUACAUUUCAAUGUGGCCCACCAGAGCAGUGAGGGCAUCUCCCCAGACCUAGAAACCCGACGAGGGGUGCUCCAGAGACCUCGGACGAAUGGCGGGGGUCUGCGAAAGAGCGGGGCGAUGCCCACCACUUGCUUGGGAUCCGUCCCCUACCCUAAGAUGGCUCCCGGCCGCUGUUUACCCAGAGAUGGGGGCCAGCAGGGCGCUGGGCCGCGGAGGGGGCAAAGAUCAGGGCGCGCACAGGGCGGCCUGCUUCUCGGAGUGGCCCGCUCGCGCCCCCCGCACGCUGCAGUUCGGAGAACAGGCGCAGCCAGGGACUGUCCUGUCCCGCCCUGCGGCUGGGAGCUGGGAACCGGGAGCCGCCGCCUCCGCGUCUCCAAGGCCCUGCGCCCGGGCCGGGCUCCGCGGGUGCGGGUGUAACUGUGAGCAGGGAGGACGCCGCAAGGGGGCUGGGGCUCACAAAGGCCGGGGUGGGGGUGCUGGAGGAGGGGGCCUCGCCGGCCCCGAACCGCGGCCCUAAUGAAAUGCAGGCUCGGUUCGCUACGCUGACUAGGCGCACACUUGGAAAAUGCAAACGCCAUUGGCAAAUCCAGGGCAAACAGGCAGAAUUUUUAUUAGCAACUAAAUGAUUUAUGGCACAUAUACCCCGCCGUCACAAUUACGGCGUCUUGGAGCAUCCAGGGGUGAAAACAUUAAACAUUUAUAAAAAUAGGCUUUUGUUAUUUUCCACCCUGCAAACCCUUUGUAUUCCCCACCCCAGCUCUCUCGAUACGUUUUUUUUUUUUCCUUGAGCUCUAUUAAAAUAAAAACAUUCCAGAUCUAGGGCGGGGGUAACGCGGUGGGGGAUCAAGGUCUGGGCUCCAAAUAUUGGAGGACAACCAGGGGGGUGGGGAAGCAAUGGGGGCUUGGGCGUGGGAGGGUUUACUAGGAACCCACAAAGGCCUCUGGAUAAAACUCGAGGACGCUCGGCGCCCACCGGGGCUGCGCCCCCCACGCACGCCCCUUCCUCUGCCUUGGCCCCCGGCAGCCCAGCGCAGCUCAACUGCGUUUAUUUUAUUUCUGUCACCCCCCUCCCCCAAGGCACACAGACACAAUACCUCCUUUCUCUAACCCCCCUCUCCUCUCCGUCUUUGCUCCUGGCUGUCCGGGGCUGCACCGGGAGCCUCCCGCCGCCCCGUCCGCCACUGAGACCUGCGCGCCCUGCUCCAAGCGCGGACACCGCCGCCAGUUCCCCUCGGAUCCGGCUAUUUUCGUUCCUUUCUUUCCUUCUCACUCCUCCCUCCUCCCCCCGCGGAGCUCCAGCUUCCAAAAGAGGGCAGCCUAGAAACCAACGCAGGAGGCUUCAGGAAGGGCAACUUGAAACUGCCCUCAAGAGGCUCAACUUUUUUCCUCAAAUUUAUACUGGAAUUAAAUUAGACACCCCCAGUUCGCUCUCGAAGCCCACCCCAUUUUUUUCCCUAAAAGUGGAUAAAAGAAAAUAGAACCGAGUGAGCGCUAACUGGCUCAUUUUUAACCCCUCCAGAAAAGUUGCCUUGAAAACGGACUUAAAAAAAUAGAACGAGCGAUGCGAAAACGCUGAGUCCGCAGAGUGGGGCGAAAGAGCGGGCUCCUCUUGUUUUAAUUAAAAUCCAAUCACCGCGGUGGUUCUCUGAGGCAGGAUCCGCAAGGAUUGCUACCCUUCCAAGCUUUCUUUUGAGGGUACGUAAUGCCUAGCCGGGCAUGGGUCCCUGCGGGGCUGCGGAGAGAGGGUGCGGGGCCCCGAGGGCGGCCGCACCGGCUGCGUCCGCACUCCUCGCGCCCGCAGCCAAGUAGGUUGCCGCGGGCAGCUCCCGGCGACUCAACCCAGAAAGGAUUUUGCUGAAAGCGCAAAAUAAGAAGUACAAAGUCUGGGGGAUUGGGUCUCCCCUCCCCCUCCGGCCACCGCGGCCAGCCAAGCACUUUUUGGGCUUGGCUGGUGCUUCCUCUGAGCUCAACAGAUUUUUUUUUCCCGGUCUCGCCCUCCCUCGAGGGGGCGCGGCGGAUGGAAGGCGAGAGAGGCCCCCAGCCAAGAGAUUUUUAAUAUUACACUUUAAUAGGUUUCAGAAGGCCCCGUGGAGAAAUGCUAAUAGGCUGAAAUGUCAGAAUCGAGAGGGAGUCAGUUCGCGCUCAGCCGAUCUAAUCCUUUUUU